AUGUCUCUCCAAUCAAAUGCCGACUGCUCCUCCGCCGCCGCAAAUUCCCACCCAUUGCUGCUGCCAGACGUCCUCUUCGAGCUUGUUAUCCAUCUUGAUCUCUACUCGCUCUUACAGUGCCAGCGCGUCUGUCGUACGUGGGCGUCAGUCAUCUCGCGUUCGCGCGAAGCCCAACGAACACUCUUUCUACAACCAGACCACAUACCAUUCGAUGCUUUCAAGGCCGUGGAAGAGCGCGAUAUCGCCUCCAGAGAUCCUAUUGCAUGGCAAAAGCCGUCGCAGCGCAUUCCUGAACGCCCAGAGUUUCGCGCACUUUUCAAUCCAUGGAUAUACACACAUGACUGUGAGCCCAUAACGCUCGCCGCCGACAACAUCACAUGGGGACGGCCAGCAACAAUAUGGCGUUUUACAGACCGCGUGUCGGCUGGUCGAUUGGGCUUCUGCUUUACGCCGUCGCAACUCGUCAGCUUGGCCGACGCAACUCAGGCUAGCUGGAACGGCAUGUUUCUUACGCAGCCACCUGUUAAGAGGACACUGGUCAGCGUGCAAGGUGGUUAUUUGCCGAAAGAAUUAUUCGAUGUCGAAAAAGAAAACGGUGUCAGAAUAGGCGAUAUUAUGUCACAUGUGAGGGGUACACAGGCAGUCAGAGUCAUGAGAGGGAGAAAAGGCGAGACGGAUUUUACGACGUUGGAUCUGAAGUUCGAUGAGCAUUUCACAGGGAUCAGGUUCUUGCCACUUCGGCAUUUGGUGGAGGACCAAUUCGGGAAUGUUGAUGUUAAGACUAUCUAA